UGGGGGGCGGGGAGCUGGCUUCUGCAGCUCUGGCGCCGCUGCCUUCCCGAGCCAGCGGUGGAGGGAACCCGAGAGGACUGAGCCCCCAGCCCGGGCAUCAGGCCCCCUCCCUGCCCGCCACCACGGAGAAGGAGGAGGACAGCCAGCCCCUCCGGCCCUGGCCUGGCCCAGCGGGGGCAGUGAGCGUCCACCUGCCCCUGGCUUGGUGCCCAGACCGGCCCAGCGCAUGAGCAGCUGCGCCCGCUGACCGCCACCGCGCACCCACCUGUCCCCCGCCGCUACACCAUGUCUGGCUCCUACGACGAGGCCUCGCUAGCUCCGGAGGAGACCACUGACAGCUUCUGGGAGGUGGGGAACUACAAGCGGACGGUGAAGCGCAUAGAUGACGGCCACCGCCUGUGUAACGACCUGAUGAACUGCGUGCAGGAGCGCGCCAAGAUCGAGAAGGCGUACGCGCAGCAGCUCACCGACUGGGCCAAGCGCUGGCGCCAGCUCAUCGAGAAAGGGCCACAGUACGGCAGCCUGGAGCGGGCCUGGGGGGCCAUCAUGACGGAGGCGGACAAGGUGAGCGAACUGCACCAGGAAGUGAAGAACAACCUGCUGAACGAGGACCUGGAGAAGGUCAAGAACUGGCAGAAGGAUGCCUAUCACAAGCAGAUCAUGGGCGGCUUCAAGGAGACCAAGGAGGCUGAAGACGGUUUCCGCAAGGCCCAGAAGCCCUGGGCCAAGAAGAUGAAGGAGCUAGAGGCAGCGAAGAAGGCCUACCAUCUGGCCUGCAAGGAGGAGAAGCUGGCCAUGACGAGGGAGAUGAACAGCAAGACGGAGCAGUCAGUCACACCCGAGCAGCAGAAGAAGCUGCAGGACAAAGUGGACAAGUGCAAGCAGGACGUUCAGAAGAUGCAGGAGAAGUAUGAGAAGGUGCUGGAUGAUGUGGGCAAGACCACGCCACAGUACAUGGAGGGCAUGGAGCAAGUGUUCGAGCAGUGCCAGCAGUUUGAGGAAAAGCGGCUGGUCUUCCUCAAGGAGGUGCUGCUAGACAUCAAACGGCACCUCAACCUAGCCGAGAACAGCAGCUAUGUCCACGUGUACCGGGAGCUGGAGCAGGCCAUCCGGGGGGCCGAUGCCCAGGAUGACCUCAGGUGGUUCCGCAGCACCAGCGGCCCUGGCAUGCCCAUGAACUGGCCCCAGUUUGAGGAGUGGAACCCAGACCUUCCUCACACCGCCACCAAGAAAGAGAAGCAGUCCAAGAAAGCAGAGGGGGUGACGCUGACCAAUGCCACCGGAGUGGUGGAGACCACAUCCCAGGCUGGGGACCGUGGCAGCGUUAGCAGCUACGACAGGGGCCAGCCUUAUGCCACCGAGUGGUCGGACGACGAGAGCGGGAACCCAUUUGGGGGCAAUGAGGCCAACGGGGGCUCCAACCCCUUCGAGGACGACGCCAAGGGAGUGCGCGUGCGGGCACUCUACGACUACGACGGCCAGGAGCAGGACGAGCUCAGCUUCAAGGCUGGAGAUGAGCUCACCAAGCUGGGCGAGGAGGAUGAGCAGGGAUGGUGCCGCGGGCGGCUGGACAGUGGGCAGCUGGGCCUCUAUCCCGCCAACUACGUGGAGGCCAUCUAGCUGCCCUGCUCCCCUCCACACCACCCCUCCGUCCUCGUCCACUGCCUCCCCUCCCUUCUCUCUCUUGUCCCUCUUCCCUCGCCAUAGAGUUCCAGACAUAUUUUCCGAUCAAGCUUUUAUUUUUUUAAAAGUCAAAACAGAACAAAACAAAAAAUACAGAGACAGAAGCAUUUGCAGGGCCGCCUGGAGGCCAGGAUGGUGGGACCCGGGUGAUGGCCCCAGGGUAGGUGAGGGUCUUAGUACUGAGCCCAACAGAGACAUUACAACAUCUGCUCUUCAGAUCCCACCAAAGAGUCUCCUGAGCCCUGAGGGUUGUCUCCUGGACCCUUCUCUCCUGCCUCACUUCCCACCCUUAGCCCCCAGCCCCAGGCUGCCAGCAUCUGCCCCCCCUCCUCUUCUCUGGGCCUAGUUUUCUGACCUCUUCUUCUGUCCCACCAUGCUCCCCUCUCUCCACCACCCUCCUGUCAAAGGUCUCCCCUCCAGACCCCAGAGGAGGGGGGCCUCCCAGUCUUUAGUCUUCUGUUUUGCCCUGGGGAGUACCCUUUUUCUCCUGGCCUUACUCCUAAGGACUGGUGUGGCUGGAAGAGGAACGGUCACUCUCUUCUCCCAUAGACAUUUCCCGGGAUCCCUAGACUCCCUCAGACAUGACAAGGGGUGAGCUGGAGUUGGUGACAGUGUCACCGGGGUGUAGGAGGGUGAGUGAAAGAGGGGCAGGCCCUCGGUCCGCCCAACACCAGGCUCAGCUGAGGGACCAAGACCCUGCUGGGGCCCUUCUUUCCAGCUGUCAGCAGCUUUGGGCACAGGCUCUUAGAGCCAUACCCCCAGUCACUUGCAGAAACCCUGUCCCCCUCUCCCAAGUCCUCAGGCAGGGGGAGAGGCCUCAAAGCCCAGGGCAAAGCCAGCAACAGUAGCAACCUCUCCCAUUUCCUGGGGAGGAGGGCACCUUGCCCGCCCACUUGCCGCCCUCCCUGCAUCUAAAACCAUAGAUUCACUGGGUUCAGCCGGCCUCCAGGAGACAGCCUUGUGGCCUCCCACCCCUCUUUCCCCUUCUCUCGCCUUCCCAAGAAGACACUGCAAGGCCCAAGGGAGUCUCCAGUCUGGGACCAUCAGGAACGCGGUAGCACCAAUGGGAAAGACAGGGCUUUGGAGGAGGGAGGCGCCCAGGCUCUCAGAGCAGGAUGGUCACCAGUCUUUCUUCCUCGUCCCCUCCUCCCCAACCGGCCCUUGCCCCUGGAGCAGCAUUCCCCCUGCUGGCAGCCCUUCCAUAUCUCUAGGCCUGGGUCUCAGUUAAAGGACUUUUCCGGGAGGAAGCAGGGGAGGAGGCAAAGGGCCUGCCCAGAGCCAGUGUUUCCUGUGGUGGGUGAGGGAAAGCAGUGUUGGGUUACCAGGUAGUUACCAUGUUCCAGCUUCUGCCACACAUGUGGGCACGGGGGGCUUGGAAAGCAGACCAGGGCAGGACAAAAAGCUCAAGGUGGGGGAACGGCUGGAAGGAGGUGUCUCUCUGGAACUUCUGGGGUGAGGCCCUGGGACUUCUUGUAGUUCGAAGAAAGCUUCUGGACCUCAGGACUGCAGACACCCUACCUACCCCCUUCCACAGCACCUGUCCCCUGGGCCUCCAGGAAAGACAGUGUGAUACCCCAGCCCUUCCGGCGCCCCUCAGUCCUCUUUUGCUCCCUGCUUCUCCCAACACUCCACUGCUGGGCCGUGGACCCUAGCCUCCAGGCCCUGACCUCAUUCCUGUGUGCGCAGAGGAUCGUGGCAGACUCUGGCAGGGGCCCGAGCUGGCCAGGCCUCCCUCAGGGCCAGGGGAGUUGGAGGGUGGGGACGAUGGCACCCCAGGGACAGGCACACUGCGCCCCCCCCCCGGCCCCCAUUUCCUGUCACUGUCUGCUCUCUGGGCGUCUGCUGCAGCCUGAGAUGUGCCGUAGGCCCCUCAGAGCCCAAAGCAAGAUUUUGGAAGCCUUCUGCCUUCCCAACUCUAGACCAAAAGCCCCUUCAGCGUCUCCUCCAGGCGGGAGUUGGGGCUGGGGUCUUUGGCUCUUCACCACGUACCCUUGGAAGGCAGGAGGCUGGCACAUCCGCGCCUUGGGGCCUGGGCUCCCCCUCUCCGCGCCAGUGGCUUUCUAGCACCCGGGGAGGUCUGUGGUCCUGGCUAGACCCCAGGCCUGUCCCCCUCAGCACGCCAGCUGCCCACUCCGGGGCAGGGACUUGAAAUCCCAUUCCUUCCAAGCAACCACCUCCA